CUAAUUUGACUACCGCGGUGUAAAUCGAGGUACAUGAUUUAGAAUCGGUGAAGGCAUAGUGGAAGCAUUCUAAAAAACAAGACGACUAGUUUGGUGAAUAUGAAACAUUUUGAGGAACUUUGAUAAAAAAAGGAAUUAUCCACUCAACGUAUGUAUGCAAUUGCCCAGGAAUCCGGGAAAAAGCAGUUUUCGGUAGUUGGAAUCAACCAAUUGCGGUUAGUUUCAAACAACGUCGCAGCCAUGAGCAACAAUCUCAAAAACUGGACGAUAAGGGAUUCACUUUUUUUUCCACUUGGUCUAUUCAACAAUGCUAGCAAGAAUAAAACAGUCUUCGUUACUUGGAGCCAUGACACCAUCAUUACAUCCAUCUUCAAAAAAUCAGGCAAUUCGAAUUCCCUCAAGGAUACCUAUAAAAUCCAUCUACCAGGAACCAUUCGUGACAUCAUAGUUACAGACUUCAACACCCUCUGUUUGACCAGAACCGGAUAUGUUUACUAUUUCUCCUCCUGUAAAAGUUUAAGAAGACUCGAAAAUCUGGAUGGUGUCCGAUGCAUAACAGCAACUGCCAGUGGAUUUGCAAUCAUAAAAGUUACUAAAGAAAAUCGGAUAGUUUUGGAGACAUAUCGUGAUUUUACUGACAUCGCGGAAAUCAGCCGUGGAAGAAGAAGUUUUGAUAUAAGUUUUGAUGAUGUUAAUUUACUAAAUAAUUCUUGGAACGAUGAAAAUUUCUGCAUUCUCUCGAUUCGAAUUAAUACAGAAAAUAUGCGCUUCCUGGAAUUGGUGGCCAAACAAUCAUUAUCUGGAACGGAAAUGUUCCUAUUCACUGUCAACAACAGCCUGUUCGGUUUGCUUGGAGAACGUUCUGAAGACGGAAGCGAUUUUAGUAUUUUUGUCAUACAUACACUAGCAUCAGAGAUCGCAUCGAUCCGUUUCAUAAGCGAACCAAAUCUUAUCCUCAUAUUCAUGAAAUGUGGCGUUCUUGAAAUGAUAUUUUAUUCGAAACUCUAUAAAUCAUUGGAUCGUAAGGUUUAUAUGACCGGUGCAGAUAUAAUUUCAUCGACUUUUGCAGAGAAUUGUUUUUUCUAUUCCGAGGACUUCCGGAUUGUGAAAUGUGAACUCACUUAUAAUAAACUUGAACAUACAAUCGAAGUCAAAAAGAUGGAGAAAGCUAUUAGCGGCAUUGUUGCUAUGACAUGGGUUUCGACUACGAAAAAGUUGAUUUGUCUAAGUGAAAAUAACAUAUUUUAUCGAGUAAAGUUUGAUGAAGCAAAGGAAGGUGCUAGUAAUGAUGAAUUUUCAGAAUUAAAUCACGAGAAGAUGAAAGAGAUUGAGGCUCACUUCUCUAGGUUGGUGAAUCUGAUCGAAGAGCCAAAUAGGAUUCGAAAACUGAUCAGAUGCGAAAGCCAAAAACAAGAAUUGAUGUCAAUCUAUAAACGUCAGGAUAUGUACGAAGAUCUUAUUGAAGCGAGAUUGAGUUUUUACAAGGAUCUCCCGGAACUUCAAGGGUUAACAAUCUAUCCAAUCAGCGAACAAGUUUUAACAAAGAACACUUAUUUCGCUCUAGUAGAACUGCAAAUUCGGACAAAUCCUAUUUUUAAAAGUGGACUUUGGCGGCUGUGUAUAGAAUUGCUUGGCGAUAGAUGUAUUUAUAAAAGUAUUCCUGUAACUCCAACCAUGCUUGAAGAUCCAUUAACGAUUCUCUUGCAGACUGAGAAAGGUAAAAUCUUAAUUCUGCCCCAAAUUCGCGUAACGCUAACAUCGCUCCUAAACGUUGGAGUCGAUUUCAUGUACAUCUCCAUGCCAGCCAAAGUGCGUAAUACAAAUAUAGACAAAUUGUUCUCAUCGAAACUAAAAACUUUGGUGGAUCCAAACCGAAAAACAGUUGAUGAGAAAAUCGCAGCACAUUCAAGAAAUAAUGCUUUGCCUUCAACUAGCUCAUCUUUGGAGUUUUCAUCGAGAAUUAAAACUCCACUUCUUGUAACCAUAGAAGAAAUUUAUGAGACAUUUGACACUCCAACUGAUCAGUCGACAGAAAGUUUGGAGCAUAAAUUUGUUAUCUACAUCUUAGGGGAGCAGGUGAACAUUGAAUAUUUUGAACUUGAAAACAUUAUCGAGAUCACGUGUCAUGACCCUGGAGCUUUGUACUACACUAAGAGGUUUUUAAUGGAAAAAUUGUAUAAUGAUACGUCUAGCGAUGAGAUGUUUUCUGUAAACAAUCCGUUACAAGCAUUACAGAAAUUAAGAGUCGAACUGAAUGCCAAAAAGUAUGGUCACUUGGAACUGGAAUCAAUGGGUAAAACACUAAAGAAAGUUUACACUACUUUGAGAAAAGGAAUUUUAACUAGGAUUUGACGAUGGU